GUAUUACCUCUUAGCGUGUCUAAAUUCAGACUAAAAUAAAACUCAAGUUCAGUUAGUAACUUGGAGUCAUUCACACCCUGCUGUGGGUCUCAUUGUCCUUUAGCUAAUUCACUCACUCAAAAGGCUUUUGAAAAGAAUAGACCAACCAUGGCAACCACCAUCAACUAAGGCUUACAGAGGAUUUCUAUCAAGCCUGUUGUGAGAAUGUAAGAAAAACUGAGCUGCUGAAGGCUACUAGAACAGCGUGAAUCUCAUAGAAUUACAAAUCAACCGUAUUGAAGAGAAAGUAAUGACAAUGCAGAAAAGACCACUUAGAAAGUUAUGUCCACUUCCUCCCCAUGGCCAUGAUUUGCGAUUUGGAUUAAUGCAUCUUAUGAAUGAUCAAAGGAUAAAGCCCUUGCAAGCGUUCCCUCAGGUGGGGGAGCUUCCUCCUGUCGCAGGUUUAUUGCUCUAUCCAGAUAAGCAUGAGAAGAUGGUAACAACGUCAGAAAUAGCUUUUGGUCCCAAACCUUAUGCCAGGACUGAACCAAAGAAGAUGCUAAAGUGUAGUCUGACUCUAGAGGGGGAUCAAAGCUACAUAACAACCAACCAAGAGGCUUUUCCAGCACAGGCUUUACACUGUGAUCCGUUGAUGAUGAUGAGAAAAAGUUCAGUUAAACGUGAAAGGACUCCACACUACCAAACACACUACCAGCAGAGCUUCGUCCGACCGCAGUACUUUUACGGGAGAAGACUUCAAGCGCUGCCCCGUCCUGAUAACCUUGCUAUCAACCCAGGACUGAGGGCUGACUUCAAGACAGUCCAAAUGCAGACCUACCCAGGAUGGGACAUCUCUCUUCACUCUCGUCCUCUUCCAGUUAUAAUGAAGGAGCAACUGUCACUAAAAGAGCAGCCACUCACUGCAAAAAUACUGAUCUGACAACUUCCAGGCUGUCUAUCAGAACCAUGGACUGAAGAAAGAAUUGGACCACUCACUACUGCUGCUUUACCUAAGUCGCUAUCAGAUCUAGCACACUGUUCGAAGGCAUGAUCGGGCAAAAAAAAAAAUAAACUUACACAGUUUUCCACUUGUUCACACGAAUUAUUCAACAUUUGAUUCAUAUGCUAAUGUUUGAAGUUAUGAAGCAGCUUAGGUUUUCAUCAAAGCUAUAAGCCUAAUAUAUUGUAAGAAAUCAUUAUUUACCCCAAACAGAUGGUACAUAUUUAGAAGUGUAAAUAUCUCCGCUCUACUUUUCUUUUGGAGGAAGACGAGCCUUGAUGGUAUAAAGCCACCAAUGUGUGCUGAAGAAAAUUGUGACUUCAAAUGUCUGUCAGCUAAAUAGCUACGUUUUAUUAAUGUUUAUGAAGUAUGUUAAGUCACAUGUGUCUUAAAUCACAAACAUGUGUAUGUGUUACCUCAUCUCUGAAGAUCUACAUGUGAUGCUUGUGUAAUUAUGAUGGUGUGCAUGUGUACUGUACAUGUCUUGGUUGGUCGGCUACACCUGGGGUGAACAAUUGUGUAGUCACAGACUCCUAAAAUAUCUAACACAACAGGUCACAAC